GCUAAGGUCAGCAGUCCCAGAGGCCACGCGGGCCCAGAGCAGACACCCUCGGCCCUCUCGGAGGCCCGCCUGGCGCCAGUGUCUCAGGGGAAAUGUCACUAGAGUUUGGACAUCUCCUGGGAUGUGCGGAGUCCAGCCUCUCCCCUAGACGGCUGCAGGGGACAGCCCUGGAGGAGGCCUCCUGCCCAGCACCCCGCAAGCCCGCGUCUCUCUGGGCAGGAGCCCUGGUCCCACGACUACCCACCCGCCUUCUUGCCCUGAACCAUCCCAGGGGCUGCAGAUCUGUGCCUCCUGGGAAGAUGCAUUUGCCCCUGAUAUUGCUGGCCACAGCGGGCACCUGUCUAGGCCUGCUGAUGGCAGCUGCCGCAGGCACUCACCCUGCCCAGCUGGACACUCCCAGCAGGCUGCUCACCCACCAGCGCCAGAAGAGACACUGGAUUUGGAACCAGAUGCACAUUGAGGAAGAGAAAAACAGCUCGCUGCCCCAUCACGUGGGCAAGAUCAUAUCGAGUGAGAACCGCAAGAACACCAAAUACGUGCUGCGAGGAGAGGCGGCUGACAAGAUCUUCCGGGUCAAUGAGGUCACGGGGGAUGUGUUUGCCUUUGAGAGGCUGGACAGGGAGAAGACCUCCCAGUACCACCUCACUGCCCUCAUAGUGGACAAGAACACCAACAAGGAGCUGGAGCCUCCUUCCAAUUUUCUCAUCAAAGUUUACGACGUGAACGACAACUGGCCUGUGUUCACUCACCAGUUUUUCAACGCAUCUGUGUCCGAGAUGUCAGCUGCGGGGACCUCCGUCUUCCAACUGACAGCAGUGGAUGCAGAUGACCCCACCGUGGCAGAGCACACCACCGUCAUGUACCACAUCCUGAAAGGAGACGAAUAUUUUGGCAUUUCUAACUCUGGACUCGUCUUCACCAAAGUCAACAACCUGGACCGAGAAACACAGGCCAAGUACGAGAUCGUGGUGGAAGCCCAAGAUGCCCAGGGCCUCCGCGGGGACUCCGGCACGACCACCGUGCUGAUCACUCUGGAGGACAUCAACGACAACUUCCCCAUCUUCACCAAGACCAACUACAACUUUACGGUGCCUGAAGACAUCCGUGUGGGCAGCCCCCUGGGCUCUCUGUUUGUUGAGGACCCAGACGAACCCCAGCACCGGAUGACCAAGUACAGCAUCGUGCAGGGAGAGUUCAGGGACACCUUCACCAUCCAGACGGACCCCGCCCACAACGAGGGCAUCAUCAAGCCCACAAAGCCCCUGGACUACGAACGCAUCCAGCAAUACAGCUUCACCAUCGAGGCCACGGACCCGACCAUCAACCUCCGCUACUCAAGCAGCGUCUCCGCCAAAAACAAGGCCCGUGUCACCAUCCAUGUCACCGACGUGGACGAGCCCCCCGUCUUCCAGAAGCCCUUCUACCACUUCCAGCUGCAGGAGAACCUCAAGAAACCUCUCAUCGGCUCGGUGCUGGCCGUGGACCCCGACGCCGCGCGGAGGAGCAUUGGAUACUUCAUCCGCAGGACCAGCGACAAGGGCCAGUUCUUCCAAAUAAGCAAGCAGGGGAAUAUUUACAACGAGAAAGAAGUAGACAGAGAAGUCACUCCCUGGUAUAACCUGACUGUGGAGGCCAAGGAGCUGGAUUCUAGAGGUGAGGCAUCUUCCACACUCCAGCUGGUGGUGCAAAUCUUGGCAACAGACGCGGACAUAACGCCAAAAAAUGUGAAGUUCAAAUUCUCCCUGAACACCCAGGACAGCAACUUCACCCUCACGGAUAAUCACGAUAACACGGCCAACAUCACCGUCAAGUAUGGGCAGUUUGACCGGGAGCAUACCAAGGUCCACCACCUGCCUGUGCUCAUCUCGGACAACGGGCGGCCGAGCCUCACAGGCACCAGCACGCUGACCGUGACGGUGUGCAAGUGCAACGAGCAUGGCGAGGCCACCUUCUGCAACGGGAAACUCUACCAGGGGUACAACAUCAUCCCCGUGCUGGUAGCCAUCUUCCUCUGCAUCCUCACUAUCACAGUGAUCAUGGUGCUCCUGUUCCUGCGGCGGCGGCUCCGGAAGCAGGACCGUGCCCACGGCAAGAGCGUCCCCGAGAUCCACGAGCAGCUGGUCUCCUACGACGAGGAGGGGCACCUGCCGCCCCCCAAGCCCGGGGAGCUCGGGGACAUGGCCGCUGUGAUCGAGGUGAAGAAGGACGAGGCGGACCAGGACAGCAGCGGCCUGCCCUACGACACGCUGCACCUGUUCGACUACGAGGGCUCCGAGUCCAUCGCCGAGUCCCUCAGCUCCCUGGGCACCGGCUCGUCCGACUCGGACAUCGACUACGACUUCCUCAACGACUGGGGGCCCAGGUUCAAGAUGCUGGCCGAGCUGUACAGCACGGACUCCCCGGAGGAGCUGCUGUAUUAGGGGCGGGUGCCCUGGGCCUGGGGACCCAAACCGUUGCGGCUGCAGCCAGCUGGACACCAGGCCUGACCUGGAGUGACAGCACAGACCCCCCAGGCCCAGCAGCCCUUCCUUUUGGGUCCCAGAGACCUCACCACCCUGGGCAGCAAACUCCAGGUCCCUGAAAUGUCCAGGAACCUGUUUCCGCGGCGGCUACCCCCGAAAUGCUGGAACAUCCAAGCUAGCGGUGCCUGGGCUCGGACAACCACAUAACCCUGUCACCAGGACCACACGUCCAAUGCAGAGACGUUUUCUCUAGCUCCUCAAAGAGCUGAUGUCCAACUACCAGAGACAGGUGUUCCCCAAAGGUCCCUAAACCCCCCCAGCGAGGCUGGGGAGGCCCUCGCGCCUGUCUCCCUGGAGGCAAAGGGCAGGACAGAGUGACCUGUGGGUGACCCUCCCCGCAGCCCAGUCCCAAGGGAGCCCGGGGCCAUCCAUGCCGCCUGCCCUGCUUCAACUUCCUCACACCCUCCCCCGCCCCCUCGCACUCUGAGGCCCCUCUCCAGGCCCCUGAAGAGGGAGGAAGGGGUCCCUGGCAGCUAUCCACUGGGGUCCUCAGGGGCCCUCAUCCGCCUGCCACACCAGUUUCUGUCCUGCACUAAGCGCUGAGCCGCAGCCUGCGUCGGGGAAGUGGCUUGCUGAACUGUGAAGCAACUGUGAAUGCAUCCUGGAGGGACACGGACGAUCACGUGUGACAGACCAGGGGGUGAGGGCCACCCUCCAGAGGGGGCCUGGAGGGGCGUGACCCCAAUUGGAGACUCACUGACAUGCUUCUAGUUUUGCCUGGGAAGUGGGGACAGAUGUGCCCAGAGCAGAACAUGUCUUCCCAU